AUGUCGUCUUCACACCACAGGAGGUCCAGGGAGACCUCCCAUGCCGAGAUGCCCAUUGGUCGUUAUACUAGACUGGAUGAAAUUGGCCGAGGGAGUUUUGCUACAGUUUAUCAGGGUGUGCAUACGAAAUCACGUACUUACGUCGCCAUCAAGUCCGUCAACCUCUCCAAAUUGAAUAAGAAACUAAAAGAGAACCUUUCCUCGGAAAUUCAUAUCCUGAAAGGGCUAUACCAUCCACAUAUCGUUGCCCUCAUUGACUGCCAUGAGACGACGUCACACAUCCACCUGGUGAUGGAAUAUUGUGCCUUGGGAGAUCUGUCACUGUUCAUCAAGCGCCGAGAUACACUCGGGGACCAUCGUUAUACGCAGGACAUGAUUGCGAAGUAUCCGAACCCCCGUGGUGGCGCACUAAAUGAAGUGGUCGUCCGCCAUUUCCUCAAGCAGCUGGCAAGCGCCCUGAAAUUUCUCCGAGAUCGAAACUUGAUCCACCGUGACAUCAAGCCACAAAAUCUACUACUGUGUCCGUCUCCGUCAUCGUACCGGAGUGGUGUGGCUCAGGUCGUGCCGUUCAAAGGGUGUGAUGAAUCCUUUAGCCCUGCAACGGGAUUAGAAUCUCUACCAAUGCUCAAGAUUGCGGAUUUCGGCUUUGCUCGGUCUCUUCCGUCGACGUCGCUUGCUGAAACAUUGUGUGGUUCCCCUCUGUAUAUGGCUCCCGAGAUCCUCCGGUACGAGAAAUACGAUGCUAAAGCAGAUCUUUGGUCGGUGGGCACAGUGCUUUAUGAGAUGGUGGUGGGCAAGCCUCCUUUUCGGGCAACGAACCAUGUUGAGCUGCUUCGGAAGAUUGAGAAAGGAGAGGACAGGAUCAAGUUCCCCGAGGAGAAUCCUGCUUCGGAACAAAUAAAGUCACUUAUCCGAAUGCUACUGAAGCGGAAUCCUGUGGAACGUAUGAAUUUCUCCGAUUUCUUCGACUGCGACACUAUCACAGGACCCAUCCCGGGGCUAAUAGCUGAUGAUGCUCCUUCGACGUCCCGCCGUUCGUCUGUCGCAGUGAACACCUCCGGAUCUACAUCUCGUCCUCAGUCUCGAACGGGGUCAAGGACCCCCACCGGGAUGAAACGUGAGAAAGACGCGUCGUACCCUGGAAAAAAGGACGAUCAAGUAUCGUACCCAGCUGCUCAUCGACCUCCCACGCAGAGGUCGGACACUCCGCCGGCUUCAUCUCCUAUGCGUAGGAUGGGAAGUGGGGACAGGGCGACUACAUCUAAAGAAACGGUAACCACGACGCCUCGGAGACCAAGUGUGGUUUCUCUUGCCACGGCUCCCGGUCGCCAGGAGCUUGUAGAUCGAAACGCUACGGCCGCUGUGAUGGAGCGGCAAAGGAGCCGAAAUACCUACGCGGGAGUCCCGCAAACUGAGAAGCAAGCUGAGAAAACGAAAGAGGAAAGUGAGCGCGCUGCACAAGAAAUUGCGUUUGAGAGAGACUACGUGCUCGUUGAGAAACGUGCUGUGGAGGUAAAUGCGUUUGCAGAUGAAUUGGCACAUAGUCCUCGGAUCCAGGGUGGUUUCCCCAGGAACGCCUAUGCUCUAUCGCGUCGUCCGGGCACACAAGGCUCGUCCACGGCGACAGCUACGUCGCCCUUGGCCACUACAGGUAAAGCAAUGCAAGUUGCUUCGGGACGAGCUCGGGCUGAUUCGACGCACACUCGUCAAGGUUCCUAUGAGCGUCGAUACGGCCAGAGUCCUACGUCCGCCAUCUCAAAAGCGCUCCACAUGGCCAGCGGACGCUUGUUUGGGAUGGGCUUCUCGCCACCCAUGACUAUUACGAAAGGAGGGCGUUCUCCCCCACUGGGCUACAAUCCCUUCCCGGCGUAUCCGGCGGCUCAAGGUAGUUUGAUGGUUGUCGGGGAUGGAGCAAGGACUAACGUGACCUUGGAUGAGGACGCGAAGACCGUCCAAGUGAUCGAGGAAUGUGCCACGCGGAGUGACGUGGUGUAUGGCUUCGCUGAGGUCAAAUACAAGCAACUCAUCCCUCUGGCGCCUUCCGUUCAAACAGACCCGUCGGGAAGGGCUAAUGUGCCCGGUGGGGAGCGAGAUUCUACCGAUCUGACAGAUGGUGGGCUCACGGUUGAUGCCGUUGUAACUCUGUCCGAAGAAGCCCUCGUUCUCUACGUCAAAGCACUCUCUUUGUUGGCAAAAUCUAUGGAUAUCGCUGGCGCUUGGUGGUCCCGGAAGAACCGUGGAGAAGCAUUUGGCGAAUCGGCCAUGGGGAGGACGGACGCCACGAGUACGCUUGUCAGCAACCGCAUCAACAAUGUCGUACAAUGGGUGCGAAAUCGAUUCAACGAGGUGUUGGAAAAGGCAGAAUUUGUUCGUCUCAAAUUAAUCGAGGGCCAGAAACGCUUGCCACCAGAUCACCCCAGUCAUCCCAGUAAUCACUCCGUCGGCCCCUCCGUCGGCUCCGGCGCAUCAACGGACGUUGUCGUUAGUUCGGGUGUGACGGCGGAGAAGCUAAUGUACGAUCGGGCACUAGAGAUGAGUCGGGCAGCCGCUAUCAAUGAACUUACGGGUGAAGAGCUUUCCGGGUGCGAGAUAGCGUAUGUCACAGCCAUUCGGAUGUUGGAAGCUGUAUUGGAAGAAGAAGAGGUAUCCCGGUCUGAGCCAGGAAGCGGCACCGACAGAGGCGAUGCCCGGCGAGAUGGCGACAAAGCCAUGCUGGAUGGCGUCCGGAUGGAAGACCGACAGGUGGUGAUUAAAUCUUCGAUUUUCAUUGUCACGAGAAAGCAGUCUAGCUUUGUACUGCCUUGA